AUGUUGAGGUGGGGCGAGCCGCUCCGCUGCUUCGUCAGCUGCCUCCGGCGCCAUGCGCAGACGCGAGCGCUGCAGGCCUCGGCAGCCUAUUGGGUCUGCGCCUAUGCCAAUCGCCAGCACUCUCUGGGCGAAGAGGUGACCUCGGACCCCCGCCAGACGAGCUUCUUCCGGGCGCUCACACUGAGCCAGGGGGUGCUUCUGAUCUUGGACGACGUGGCCGAGCGCUCUGGGCCGGCGACACCCUUCAAGAGGAUCUGGUGCGCCUUUGAGGAGUAUGUGGCGCUGAGUUCUCGGCAGGGGCAGAAGCCCCUGCUGCUCGACAUCGCCGCCUUCCACGGCAACAAGCCGGAGCUCCUCACCGAUGGCGUCACCGAAGAGGAUGAGCGCAUGGCGCGACAGCUGGGAGCAGGCCAUCCGGCGGGGAAGGUGCGCGGCGAUCGCGAGAAGUACUUUCCUUUGGAGGUGUUGAAGGCCGGCUUGUGCCUGGAGUUGGAGAAGGCCGAGGCCAGCCAAGAGGCUGACCGCAUCCACAUCUUGAAUGCCAUCGCCGGCCGCGCCCUCGAUGAAGCGCCCGUCAGAUCUCACCCCAGUUACACCCACGUCAACCAGACACUGCGGGGCAUCUUCGCUGUGGCAGGCCUCCGAAAAGUGAAAAGUGGAGCUUGA